CCGCUCUCGAUUCUUUUAAUGUUGGGCAGCGAUUCAUUGCAUGAUCGUUCAAUGUAACUACCAAACUUAGGUUGAGUUUCAUGCGGUUCGAUUUUGACUCAGAUGCUUCCCUUCACACUUUUCCGAAUGUUGAUUGGAUCAUCAACAUUAAAUUUCAUCCAGGAGUUACUGUUGGUACUUGUGCAAAUGAUGUUGAUGCCGCAAAUAAUGGUGACCUCAUGUUUCUGAAAAAUAGAUCAAUAUUGAGCUUUCUUUAUGAUCCUCAUACUGGAAGUUUAAUUUUAACUUCAACUGGUACAAAUCAAAGGCCCUGGUUAUCAUCGAAAAUUGAUUGAGUUAUAUUCAAUAAUGCUAUCUCUGUGCUUUCACUGCUGCUUCUCAAUAAUAUAAAUGUCUCGAUACGUCAUCGGAUGUUUGGUUAAUCUCUACAAAAUGGCAUAAACUCCUUGGACAUCAAAGGGAGCCUGAUUCAAGAAAUAUAGACAUAAUCAAAGCAUUGCUGCAGCUGAUGACUCAUAUUGUAAGUCAAGACACAAAGGAAAACCGAUCAGACUAAUAAUCAGUCGUCCACAUUGCAAGUCACCGCAAUUCGUGGACUUCUUCUUGUUGUUAUUGUUUAACCAAUGCCAACUUCUUUAGUUAAUGGGGUAUGAUCUCCUUUCACCAUCGAUGAUGAUUACUCAAAGAAUGUUGUUCUUCCAUCAAUUGCUACAUUAUCAUUAACUGCUGCCAGAUAUGUAUAUUGUACAUCAUUUGUUCGACGAUUAGCAGAACAAUCAGAUAAUGUUGUGAACUCCGAUAACAAAUUUGGAUUGAAG